AACGACAAAUGAAUGUACAGAUUGUUCCACAAAUAUCAUAUACACACUUUUCUGUAAUAUGAUUAAGAUAAAAGAUACAAAAAUACAAUAAUUAUUACAGUUGCGAUCAAAGAUUACGAGUAAAUAUUUCGUAUGUAUUUAUGCUAUAUACCAGUCAAGCUGUGCUAAAUCGAACCAUCAUCAAAGAUCAAGAAUGGCUUAUCAGCUGAUAAUCGUGGCAUGCAUUUUCCUGCUGAGUCAGACAAUUGCCAAUCCGAUUCUUCAGCCUCGGGCCGUUGCCACGGAGCUGAUAAUCCUGCACAAUAAUGACAUGCAUGCGAGAUUUGAGCAGACGAAUAAGAAUGGUGGCACUUGUUCCCGGGAGGAUGCAAACACCGACAAAUGUUACGGAGGAUUCGCUCGCGUUGCCUACGAAGUGCGCCAAUAUCGCGAGGAAGCAAAGAACGGAGGCACUCCCGUAUUUUAUUUGAAUGCAGGUGAUACGUAUACGGGCACGGUCUGGUUCUCGGUGUUUAAGGACAAAAUUGCCAGCGCUUUUCUUAAUAAACUCCAGCCGGAUGCCAUUUCCCUUGGAAAUCACGAGUUUGAUAAGAACGUUGAAGGCCUGAUACCGUUCCUCAAUGCUGUGGAUUUCCCCGUUCUGGCCUGCAAUCUCGAUUUGAGUGAUGAACCCGAUUUGGCAAAUACCAAAAAGUUGGCCAACUCUGCAAUUCUAGAGACAAAUGGUGUUAAGAUUGGUGUGAUUGGUUACCUCACUCCCGAUACCAAGAAUCUUUCCUUCCAAAACAAUGUUAAAUACACAGAGGAAAUCGUGUCUAUCAAUGCUGAAGCAAAGAAACUGAAGGAGCAGGGCAUCAACAUAUUAAUUGCCUUGGGUCACUCUGGCUACCAAAAGGAUCAGGAGAUAGCUCGAGACUGUCCCGACAUUGAUAUAGUCAUCGGUGGUCAUUCGCACACCUUCCUGGAUGCCAAUCAGCCCGUUGCUGACAAGGACGACACCAAUCCUGAAGCCGUGCGAGGACCAUAUCCCACCACAGUGGUGCAGCCAAGUGGCAAAAAGGUGCCAGUGGUGCAGGCCUAUGCCUACACAAAGUAUUUGGGAAAGAUACACGUGCAGUUCGAUGCUGAGGGCAAUUUAAUAGAGUUUGACGGAUCACCGAUACUGCUGAACGCUUCAGUUACACAGGAUCAGGAACUGUUGGACCUACUGGAGGUAUAUCGUCCAGAUAUCACGCAUCUGGAAGAAACGAUUGUUGGCUACACCAAGGUUGAACUAGAGGGCGGCAAUGUGUGCCGCCUGAGGGAAUGCAAUCUGGGCAAUCUCAUUGCGGAUUCCAUGGUGCACGCUCGGGUUUUAGAGCUUCCUGACGGAGAUUACUGGACUGAUGCACCAAUUGCCUUGCUGCAAGGCGGCGGCAUUCGCAGCUCUAUUGAGAAGAACUCAAAUGGUUCAAUUACUGGCAGCGAUAUACUUACAACACUUCCGUUUGAGAAUAGUUUAUAUAUAACGCGUAUUACGGGAAAAACACUGCGAAACGCUUUGGAACGGUCGGCUUAUGUGCGAAACUUGGACUCGAACGGAGGUUUCCUACAGUUUGCCGGUAUUCGAGUGGAAUACGACUACGAUAAGGAGGAGGGACAACAUGUGGUAUCCGCGCUAGUCCGCUGUGCGGAGUGCAAUGUACCCACAUAUAGUCAUCUGAAUGAAUCGGAAAGCUAUAAAGUAAUUGUGUCGGAGUUUCUCUUGAAUGGAGGCGAUGGCUACAAACUGGUCGAGGAUGUUGAACCGUUCACGGAACUCUUGGAGAAGAAUGACCAGUCUGCCUUUAAACAGUUUUUGGAGGCGCGGCAUUAUGUCUAUCCAGAAAUCGAGGGACGUAUUAUUAUCGGAACACCCAAAGAUUCGGCAGCUAGCAUUAUGGGCUCUGUCGUUUUAAUUAUGCUGUCCUCUCUGAUUACGCGAUUUUUUAACUAGUUACAGCACUGUAUAGCAUAAAUCUUGUAGCUUGAAUUUACACAUUUAAAUGUGAAAAUAAAUAACCCAAUGCCCUUA